AUGUCUGAAACCGAGCAUCCUCAGUUCGCCCCACCCCCUGAAGAUGAGAUUAUUCCAGCUCACGAAAAAGACCUUGAUUCGGACGGCGACUCAGUUCUCUCCGACGUCGAUGAGGACGUUUUCAACGAAUUCGAUGAGAAAGUUAUCGGAACAGAACACGUGAUCCCCAUCGAUGAGGAAACUGUUCACGCGAUCGGAAAACACAAGAUCAAAAGAACGGGCGGCGAGACCGCAUCUACCGGCAAGAAGAAAGAAAAGCGCAGGCGCGAUAUUGCCAAAAGACGACGUGAUGAUGAUGAGGAUGAUGCUGGCCCAUCGAUCAGAAGGGCAGCUCCGGAAGUGGAGCUGACACCUGCUGAAAAGGCAAGGAAGGAGCUGGACGACAAGAUUAAUGCCGCUCUCAAGGGCCCGAAGAAGAAGAAGAAGAAGGACGAUGUUGAUCUCGAAGUCUUCAACGAUGACCUUAUCCUGACGCUAAAGGAACGUAUGCGGGAAGCCGCAGAAGCAGAUCAAAACGCAAUCAGGAAUGGGUCCCCUGCAGUGCAUAAACUUGCCAUGCUAGAGGAAGUUCGAGAUGUUCUUCAGCGCCCGAACCUUAUGGCUACAGCGAUGGAUAACAAUUUCCUUGAGGCCAUUAAAUGGUGGCUCGAGCCGCUCCCUAAUAAGGCGCUUCCGGCGUACAGCAUUCAGAAGCUCAUGUUUGAGAUCAUGGGCAAGAUCAAGAUGACUACUGACUAUCUCCGUGAGAGCGGAGUGGGCAAGGUUGUCAUGUUUUAUACAAAGGACAAGAGGCCACAGCUUCACAUCAAGCGUGAAGCUGAUAGGCUCAUCGGGGAAUGGUCGCGACCGAUCCUGGGCCGCAGUGAUGAUUACCACUCUCGUGAAAUUCCAGUUGCGGGCAGAGACCAUGGUUUUGCUCCACGUCCCCGCCAACGUCCUGAUGAGGAAGAACACAACCCCCUCGCCCCUCCCCAGCGCAAUCAGAAUCGCACUCGUGUGCCUCAGGCUAUGCCACGAUCCUAUGAGAUUGCUCCGCAGAACAGAGUUGUGUCAGGCCCCAAUCCAUAUGCAAAGCAGAUGGGUUCGGCGGGUGAUGACAUGAUCCGCAGAAUGAAGGCUAAGAGACAAGCCCAAAACAAAGGGAAGAAGAGUGGUAUGAUCAUUGGAUAG